CUGAAAAUCAUAUCCUGAUCGAGUCUAUAUUACAAUAAAGUGAUUUGCUGUUGUAAGAUAGAGUCGUGUCAAAAAAGCGGGCAGCAACGUCACGCUUUCUGACACUGAGCAUCCACUACUCUCGAUGCAGGACAUAUCAAGAUAACACAUCGCAGGAUUCAGACAUUGUCUUUGCAACUCAUCAACAUUACCUUGAGUCUACCGGAAGAUAUAGAAUCGAAACAUCCACCAUCAUGGCGCCCAAGCAAAAGAUCAUCAUUGAUACCGACCCAGGAGUUGAUGAUAUCCUGGCUAUGCUACUAGCAUUUUCUGCCACCCCCGAAGAAAUUGAAGUCCUCCUCAUCUCCCUGACAUUCGGCAAUAUUGAUGUCCAAAACUGUCUCCGUAACGCAGUCUCCUUGUUCCACCAUGUGGAGCAGGAGAUCGCAUGGAGACAGAAGAAUGGAAAAGACCUGGGCUUCGAGACUUUGAGAGCUUCGAAGCCUCUUGUCGCCGUCGGUGCUGAAGAACCACUGGCAGAGCAGCUCAUGAUGGCCGACUUCUUCCACGGUAUCGAUGGUCUUGGUGGUAUUCAUUCUAGUCACCCUCAUUUGACUCCCCAGGAGACGUGGAAGACACUUUUCGAUGCCUCUCAAGAAGUGCGGGAGUCUUCUAUGUUCAAGCCAUCUCAGCGUCGUUCGCAUGAGGAGAUCUUGCGUCUGUUGAAGGAGAACGAACCAGACACCAUCACCAUCGUUGCGAUUGGACCUCUGACCAACUUGGCCAUCGCAGCAGCUCAAGAUCCAGAGACCUUCUUGCGUGUCAAGGAAGUAGUCGUGAUGGGAAAUACCAUCAACGAGCCAGGAAAUGUAACUCCCGUGGCCGAGUUCAACACGUAUGCCGACAGCAUCGCCACGGCCCGUGUAUAUGCACUUACUUCGCCCACCCCGAACUCGACCAUUCCUCCUGCACUGCCUGGCUCAGAAUCACUGCCUCACUUGGCACCGUACCCGGCGAAGCUGUCGAGACAACUCAAGCUUACCGUCUUCCCACUCGAUAUCACCACACCUCAUAAGAUCACAAGGGGGCAGGUUAAACAGACCAUUCAGCCUUUGAUCGAGGCUGGGUCGCCCUUGGCAGAGUGGACCGCAGCAUUCCUGAACUCGACUUUCGCAAAGGUUGAGUCGUUGAUGGAAGGUGUGAGUGGAGAUUCCGUUGGUCUCGAAUUGCACGACCCUCUGUGCAUUUGGUAUGCAAUUACUCACGACGAUGCUGGUUGGAAGAUCAAGAAGGACGAGGAUAUCAGAAUCGAGACGACGGGUCAGUGGACACGGGGAAUGACGGUGGUUGACACGCGUGGUAGAAAGAAGCGGGCUCCGGACGACGGCGAGGGUGAAAUCCCUGGUGAUGCAGGCAACUGGCUCAGCCCCAAUGCAGGUAACCGAGUCGGAAGAUGUGUACAGUCGCCCGGUGUUGACCUCUUUGCGCCGUACCUGUUACGAAGAGUGUUUGGCGCUUGAUGACGGACAGGGCUGAUGCUUGGCCGACCGCGGUCUAUGUUACAAGCUCAUAGCGAUUUGCCUGAAUGCUUCAUAGAAGAUAGAGAUAGACACAGGUGAUGACGGCCUUCUUUCCGAUACGAUUUGCCAAUUGUCACAGUGUAGACCAUGCUCGUGUAGGGCGUACGGGUAAGCAGAAACCGGAGCAAUCGCUGACCUCACUCUGCGGUAUCCUGUGGUGUGCCUGUUGACCUUGGCGGGGGGCUGUGUACUUGGAUGCCAAUUCCCGGC